UAACAGUACCGCCUUGCUAAUAUGGUCACCUGUGAAAUCGCGGUUGAUGGCGCCCGUGCCCUGGUCCCGCUACCUUGCGGACUCCCCGGCCUUUCAGAGACGGAGACGAAGCUCGUCGGGGAGCCUGCCAUCCGCGCAGGCCAGACACUCCCCUCCGGGCAGUCGCUCCCCCUCUUAGUCCCGCGGCCGUGAGAGCCUCAGAUUUCCGUGGGGUGGGUCGGACGUUGGCGCUGCUUACCCCUUCCGCUCUGGGUCCCGAGAGCGACCCCCCGGGCUCCGCAACCACGCCUUCUCAUCCUCCUCAUAUUAUGGUGGAUACCGCUACCAUCAUUAUCACCACUAUGCUGGUGACUGGCAGGGAGCUGAAGACUACGAGGAGGAGAAGAGCCACUGGCAGAGGAGGCUGAAAGAGAGAGAGGGGAUUGAGGAGUUGGGAGCACCUGAGGUAUGGGGGCUAUCUCCAAAAUGUCCUGAGCCGCAUUCUGAUGAACACACUCCAGUUGAGGAUGAAGCAAAGACUCAGAAGAGCAGCAGUUUAGAUUCUAGCGGAGAAAAAGAAAAAGAAAGCCAGUCGUUCAAAAAACAAGAAGAAAAGAAAAAGCCAUUCAAAAGAAAACAUAGGAAGUAUUCUGAUAAUAAUGACAGCAGUUCAGACUUUGACACGAGCUUUGGUGAUGAUAAAAAGAGAGCUAGAAAGGCCAAGAAGAAGGAGAAGAAAAAGAAACACAGAGUCACAAAAAAAAAACCUAAGAAAAAGAAGACUAGAAAAGAAUCCAGUGACUCAACCUGUAAGGAUUCAGAAGGGGAGUUGCCAGAAGAUAUGUGGAUUGAGCAGUCAAAGAUUGCAGAUACCAUGGGAUUAAUAGGCUCAGAAGCACCUAGAAUACACUCCUCUCAAGAUGAGAAACCUUUGAACUAUGGCCAUGUUCCGCUGCCAGGUGAAGGUGCAGCUAUGGCUGAGUAUGUAAAAGCUGAACAGCGUAUCCCACGAAGAGGUGAAAUUGGGCUGACAAGUGAAGAGAUCGCUUCAUUUGAAUGUUCAGUUUAUGUCAUGAGUGGUAGCAGGCAUCACAGAAUGGAGGCUGUACGACUGCGGAAAGAGAACCAAAUCUACAGUGCUGAUGAGAAGAGAGCACUUGCAUCCGUUAACCAAGAAGAGAGACAAAAGAAUAAGAUUCUGGCCAGUUUCCGAGAGAUUGUGUGCUGAAAGACAAAAGGGAAAGAUGACAAAUAA